UGCACGGCAAUCUGUGUAUUUUCUUUAGCGUUACAACGCAGAUCUUUGCAGUUUUAGUAGAAGGCUCCUUGGCUGAUUAAACCAGUGUAUCUGCUGGCUCUGGCUGCCUUCACUCACCGGGGGUGUGCGUCGUGUGUCUCCGGUGUCCGGCGCUGCAGCUGGAUGCUCUUCCUGGUGAGGAUCCUGGCGUGAUGCGGCUCGUCCGACUCGCCGAAGACGCCCCGGUGCUUUGGGGGCGGCCUCAUCGCCCCGCCUGACGCUGACCCAUGGGGAACACGGGCGCCAAGUUCCGCAAGGCUCUCAUCAGCGGAGACGAGGACCUGGCCUCCCAGAUCUACGAGGGCAACCCGCAGUUCAGGGAGUCCCUGGACCCCAACGCCUCCUACGGGGAGCCGUACCAGCACAACACACCGCUGCACUACGCCUCCAGACACGCCAUGGUCCGGCUGCUCAGGUGCUUUCUCUUGAACAAAGACGGCAACCCCAACAAGCGCAACGUGCGCGACGAGGUGGCCCUGCACCUGCUCUGCAUGGGGCCGCGCAUCCUGCUUCCAGAGGGGGUGCUGUCGCCCCGCGUUGCCCAACCCCUAGAGGAUGAGCGGCGGCGGCUGGACUGCAUCCGGGUCGUUCUGCAAUGGACCGGCGCCCGGCUGGACCAUGGCGAGUAUGAACGCGCUGACAUCAACGCCGCUGACGACAAGAGGAACACAUGUCUGCACUACGCGGCUGCCUCAGGGAUGGGGGCAUGUGUGGAGCUGCUGGUGAAAAGCGGUGCAGACCUCUUUGCCGAAAACGAGGACAGGGAGACCCCUUGUGAUGCUGCAGAGGCGCGGGGCCAUCGCCGGCUGGCACUCAGCCUCGAGUCGCUCAUGGUUUUCUCUGGGGACCCCGAGGGUGUUGAGGAUGAAUAUGCGGACCUGGACCGUGGGGAGCUCUAUGAGGGUCUGGGACCACAGGACCUGCGCCGCUUAAAGGAUGUGCUCAUUGUGGAGACAGCUGACAUGCUGCAAGUUCCUCUCUUCCCCGCCGAGGCCUUACUGCGGGCUCAUGACUGGGACAGGGAGAAGCUGCUGGAAGCUUGGAUGUCCGGCGCAGAGAGCUGUUGCCGUCGCUCCGGGGUGCAGAUGCCUGCUCCGCCCCCACGUGGCUACAAUGCCUGGGACACCUUGCCCUCACCCAGGAACCCCCGCACUGCCCCAUCCUCAGCAACAUCACCCGACGACCUCAGCCCCCCGGGAACAGAGGAGUCGACCUCAUGCGGCAUUUGCAUGUGCACCAUUUCAGAGUUUGAGGAACCCGUGGACAUGCCGUGUGGACACGAGUUCUGCAGAGCAUGCUGGGAAGGGUUUUUGAACCUGAAGAUCCAAGAAGGUGUCGCUCACGGCAUCCGCUGCCCAGCACACGACUGCUUCCAGUUGGUUCCCGUGGAGAUCAUCGAGAGCGUGGUCUCCAGGGAGAUGGACAGGCGUUACCUCCAGUUUGAUAUAAAGGCGUUUGUGGAGAACAACCCGCUGAUCCGCUGGUGUCCCCGGGCGGGCUGUGAGCGGGCGGUGCGGCUGUCCCACCGCGGCCCCGACUCCGCCUCCUCCGAGCCCCCGCCCCCGCAGCAGGCCCCCGCCGUCGAUUGUGGACGAGGCCACCUGUUCUGCUGGGAGUGUUUCGGAGAGGCCCACGAGCCCUGCGACUGCCAGACCUGGACCAAGUGGCUCCAGAAAGUGACUGAGAUGAAGCCAGAGGAGUUGGCUGGCGUGACUGAGGCCUGUGAGGACGCCGCCAACUGCCUGUGGCUACUUACCAACUCCAAGCCCUGCCCCAACUGCAAGUCACCCAUCCAGAAGAAUGAGGGCUGCAACCACAUGCAGUGCGCCAAGUGCAAGUAUGACUUCUGCUGGAUCUGUCUGGAGGAAUGGAAAAAGCACAGCUCAUCGACGGGAGGAUACUACCGCUGCACGCGCUACGAGGUCAUCCAGCAGCUAGAGGAGCAGUCCAAGGAGCUCACAGCUGAGGUGGAGAGGAAGCACAAGAGCUAUCAGGAGCUGGACCGCUUCAUGCACUACUACACGCGCUACAAGAAUCACGAGCACAGUUACGAGCUGGAGCGCCGCCUGCUGAAGAGCGCCAAGGAGAAGAUGGAGCAGCUGAGCCGUGCCUACGCCGGAGCAGAGGGCGACACUCCGGACACCACGUUCAUCGAGCUUGCCGUGCGCGAGCUGCUGAAGGCGCGACGGGUCCUGAAGUGCUCUUACCCCUAUGGCUUCUUCCUAGAGCCAAAAAGCACAAAGAAGGAAAUCUUUGAGCUGAUGCAGACCGACCUCGAGAUCGUAACCGAGGACCUCGCCCAGAAGGUGAACAGGCCCUACCUGCGCACCCCACGCCACAGGAUCAUUCGUGCCGCCUGCCUGGUGCAGCAGAAGAGGCAGGAGUUCCUGGCCUCUGUGGCGCGUGGCGUGGCCCCCAGCGACUCCCCUGUAACCUCGCGACGCAGCUUCACCGGUGCCGAGUGGGACUGGGAGUCUCUGGGAUUGGUGUCACCCCAGACCCCGAGGAGUCAGUCAGACCUCGGAGUGAGUGUCCAAAGAGGCAGAGGUCCGAAUGCACGCAGCCAGCGGCAGGUAGGGUUUGCCGAGAUGCAGCAGCGGCGGAGAUCCAGAUUCCGUAGGCAUGCUGACGCGGCCGGCCUACGUGGCGAAGCCCCCAGCCCCGCUGAGCUGAUGGACAGCCCGUCGGAUCCCAGGAGUGCAAGCCGUCGCCAUGGCACCCGGGGGGCCCUAAGCUCCCUGGAUGAGGAUGACCCCAACAUGCUGCUGGCUAUCCAGCUUUCACUGCAGGAGUCUGGGCUCCCCUUGUCUGGCGAGUCCCAGGAGUCCAUCAGUGGCCAGGCCUCUCUGGCAGCGAUCGACCCCUCCUUAGCCUCUAGGCUUGACCCUGUGGCCCAUGGUGUGGAGACGCCGUGUGCUGUCAUCAGCAGCUCUGGACUUCAGGAAUGGGGCAAAGGAGCGACGAGGCCGGCCAGCGUCACUAGCCGCUAUGCUAACCCAGAGUGUGCAAGUGAUCAAAACCCUUCUUGGAGGACCAGUGCCUUGUCCACCUCCACUGGAAGCAAACCUACCAGUGUAAAUGCUGACGUCAUCACCAACCCGCUGGGAAAUGGUGCCGACCGCCAAAGUGACGAGCUGGGCCUCACCCACUCCCCGAAGGUAGGUGAUGUAGCUGAGCCUCAGCGUGUGCCAACACUGCCCCCAGAGGACGAGCAGGGGUCAGCAAGGCCCACACUGCUUGAAUCGGUGGGUAUGGAUGCUAACGCCAUGUUGCUCGUGCCACCAGAAGAUAGGAGCGUCCGCAGUAGCACUGAUUCUGGUCACACCGAUGCCUCUGGGUGUGACUCAGGUUCCAGCCUCCAACCGAACAGCGCCAAAUUUGGCUUGGAGGAGCAAGUGCACUUGGUCUAAAAACCAUUUGUUUUACUAUAUCCAGGUUGAAUAGCAAAGUCUAAGCAAAAAAAAAAUUUCUUUACGAUGGCACAGUGUCUGUCGCAAUCCUAGUAAUUUUAUAAAUAAAAGGAAUAUUACUGUACAAUAAGAUCAGGUCAGAGUACUGUAUGCAAUUUUUAUGCACCCGGAGACUGCAGUUAUAGAAAAUACAGAUAAUCGGAGCAUUUAACAUCCAAACUGACUAUUUGGGAGAUAGUCGUAAAGAUUUUGUGUGGGGUGUCGGGGGGGGGGCUUGUCAGUAUUGAAAUUAUUGCUCUGAAUUGAGCAGUGCCUUGCUGGGGGUGGGAAGAGGGUGUGUCUAUCCACCCGGGGGUUGGCAUGGCAACACCUGCAGCCUGGGAAAUGGACAGCUGCCCGGUGCAGAAUCCAAACAAUGUGGUGCCUAAGAGGCAUUGAAGAGCAUAUUUACCUGGAAGGUGUUUAAAGCAGCAUUCAGGGACAGCUGCUGAGAUUCAGACCCAACCUACGGUUACUGCUGGCAAUCAGGCAGGCCUGUGUGUCUGUCCCACAGAUAUUCCUCAAAGAAUAUAUGUGAUUAUAGCAUCAUCUAUUAUGCCAAAAAUAAUUCUGCAGUUUUCUUUUCCGAGAUUUGUGUCAGUCCCAUGUACCAUUGAAAUGAUUCAAAAACAUGAAGAGUAUUCAGAUGAAAGGUGUGGCUAGCUGUCUGACUUUUGGGUCUUAUCACAGGGUUUUUAUGUCUACUGUAGCCAGGCCAUGUUCAUGAGCUGGGGAAUAUUGAAAGCUGAGGACAAACUACUGCUGUAAAAGUAGCUUUUUAAUUUAUUUCCUAACACUACUGACAACUGUUAAAAUUAUGAGCCAUUUCGGGUUUUAUUUUUGGAAAUCUGGCAGAGAUAAAGACAGAUGGUGCACUGGAGAAAAGUAUCUGGAUUGCUGAGUAGCUUUUCUGAUUCCUGCCUUUAUAUAUGUUGCUACAGGAAGACUUGAUUCUGAAAGUCUGAUUUGUACAGCUCCUUGCUGGUCUCACAUUCUGCUGCAGUGAAUUCUGGUCCAUUUCUGACUGACUUGGCCAUUCCUAAUAAUCCAAAUUAUUUCCCAACAGAUGCAAAUUUUUAAGAGAAUAUUUAUGCAAGCAAUGCAGUUAAGAAGUUUACAUAAUUUUACCAAAUUGCCCACAAAUGCAAGUUGAGAGGGUUCUAAAAGACUUGAAAACUGGAGCAAAAUUACCGGCACUGUGCGCUCAUUCAUUCUUGAUAUGGUAUUAUAAUUAUUUUGUAAGGGUGGGUCACACAGCACGACCUUGAUUUGCCUGUUGUGUAUUUAACUUGUGUUGUGGGGGUGUGUGCACAUGACCAUUAAGUGCAAUCAGAGAAAUGUUAUUUCUUAAUCAGUGUAAUUGUGAUGUAUUGCCAUUGGUAAUGGAUAAUUAUACAUUUAUGGCUUUAGGAUUGCUAAGGAAAUGGUUCUCAAUGUUUUUUUUUCUAUACAAUUCUUUAGUGUGCCUUUAUUUAACCUUAAUUCAUUUUUCUUAAAUACUUUGAAUUAAAGUAACACCUGAUGUUGCAGUAAAUUUAGUUCGUUUAUGGAACUAAGUGUCCAAAAGAUUUUGUUUUUAGAUUUUUAAUGCAUGUUUUAUAAGUUGUUUUUUUUAGAUUUUUUUCCCCAUAAUGUUUUCCACAAUGUUCUGUGUUUACCUUUCAUUUAGUAUAUGUUUAUUGCAUCCAAUUCAUUGUGUCAAAGAUUAACGUAACUUUUGAUUUCAGUUCAAAAUAUAAUGUUAUUUAUA